GGCGGAGGGAGAGGCGAGCCGCGGGGAGCCGGCGGGCUUCCCUCCCGCGCUGGGGCUGCAGCUGCGGUGCCACAGCCCGUCGGGAGGGAGGCCGGCCGAGGAGCGGAGUCGCAGCCAUGUUCGGGGCUGGGGGGCUGAGGGAGCUCUUCGAAGAAGACCCCUUUUUCCGGGAGCCUUUUGCUGCACAGCAUCAAUACAUGCGUCAAAUGAUGAGAAGUUUUUCUGAUCCUUUUGGACGAGAUCCAUUUCUCAGUAUUACAGAGGGUGGCGAAAGAGCUCGAGGUCAAAGAGGACACCAUGAUUCUCAGGUUGCGUUGAGGGGAAAUCAGAGAAAUUCAGAUUUCAGAGAUCCUUUCUUUGCAAUUGACAGAACUAUAUCAAACAUGAGAAACAGUAUGCUAGACCUGCAAAGAAAUUUUGAUCAUCUCUCACUCAAUCCAGAUGCACACUCAUUCAGUUCUUCUUCUGUGAUGACAUAUUCCAAGAUAGGUGAUGAACCACCAAAGGUUUUUCAAGCUUCAGCUCAGACCCGCACAGCUCCAGGAGGUAUCAAAGAGACUAGAAAAGCACUUAAAGAUUCUGAAAGUGGGCUGGAAAAAAUGGCUAUUGGUCAUCACAUUCAUGAUCGUGCCCAUGUAAUUAAAAAAUCAAAGAACAACAAAACUGGUGAUGGAGAACUGAAUCAAGAAUUUAUCAACUUGGAUGAAUCUGAGGCCCACAUAUUUGAUGAGGAAUGGCAGAAGGAGAUUAUGAAGUUUGGAACAUCUGGAGCUAGAUGCAAUUUAGAAGCUCCAAAACACAGAAGUAACCAUCAUAUAAGCAAGGAAGAUGCAUCAAGGAGGGAGAAACCCCACCCAAAACCACUGAUUGCAGGAUCCAGAAGACCUGAAGUUUCUGUGGAGAACCUCAAUGUGAAAGGAUCGCACGUCCCAAUCAAAACCAGCAAAAGAUAAAUGGCUUGUAUAAUGAUUUGGAUGGGAUCUUUUUCAGAGAAGAUAAUGGUGCUAGAUCAUAGACCAAUCCCUGGUUUUUAAGUGUUAGUGUGCCCUGCUCGUCUAGUCAUUCGACCACUGAAUGUUCUUGAAGACACCAGCUCUUUGGCUACUACAUCUGGGUCUGAGCAGUAAAAGAAAAUAUUUACCACUGAAAAGCACUUUAUUGGGUUAUCACUUUUCUGUAUACUGUAAGCUAUAAUAUUUUGCCUUCCAAGGCUUUUUUCCUACAAUUAUGCUAAUCUCUCAAACUUUUCAGCAGGCUUGGUGGUAAAACUACAUCUAUUACCCAUGCUAUACAACUAACACAAGAACUAAAUUCACUUUUUGUAAAAUUAUUUUUUUGUGGCUGAAGCAAUACCAGUGUGGUUUUGGUGAAAUUAGAUUUAAAAUUAUAUUAUAAAAUUAUUCAAUAGCUAUUGAAUAAUCGCCAGAUUCAUGGUAAUUUCCCUGAUUUCAGAAUGUUAACGGAGUCUAAAAAUAAGUAAAGUAACUUGUUUUUAAGUAAAAUUUAAGUUUAUCAACAUUCUUAUUUAUCACUUUUGCAUAGUUGAUUUUCUGUAUGUAGUUUAUUGAUUUCAAUGGCUUUAUAUUGUAUCUCUUAAGUGGUUCUACAUCCUUUGUGUGUUUCCAUUGAAGGUAACCCAUUAUUUUUCACCAUUGCAGAUUCUCUGUACUAGGGCUAGAGUUAAGUAGCAUGAUGGGUUUUCUAUUUUCUGUGGCAAUAUACUGCAGUUCCCUUGUAUGAACAAUAGAUAUGACUGUUGGCAUUCGUAACCAGAUUGGUAUGGGAAUCAAAUUUGGUUCAGCAGACAGUAUAAGUAUAUGAACUAAAUGCUGAAUAAUUACACCAUUCCCUCUGUAAAUGAUAGUUUUAAAAACAUAUGUGCAGGAAAUGCUAUUUGUAGUCAUUCUUCUUCUUCUAUCAGCUAAGUUUGUGGCUGUGUUGUAUCAUUUUGUGUCCUGAUUUUUAAGGAAUCCAGGAUCUGGUAAGCCUAAAAAUUGUUGACCUCCCUUGAAAAUUUUACUAUUUCAAAGUUCUUCCUUGUUUGUACUUUUUGUUUUCUUUUUUAAAAGUUUCCUUGGCUUAAAGUUUUUAGGCGAAAACAAACUGAAUGACUUAUUGGGAAAAGUAAACCUCUUAAUGUAUGUUAUCUGUGUCAAAGUUCAUGCACCAUUUUGUUACUUGGAAGGAAUUGUAGAUGAUAUAUAAAUAUAAGCGUGAACAAUGAAUCUAUUAUUAUUUUUAAGUUACAGCAUUUGACUUCUCAUGGCCAAGAUGUACACUUUUUUAAUCAUAUCAACCUUCGAGGUGUCUUUAAAACAUGUUUACUCUGAAACCAUAUUGAUUUUUUUCCCCUGCAGAUCCCUAAAUUAUUUAAUAUUAUUAUCAUUCUUACACUUAAACAGGGCAUGUUAUGUGUAUUUCUGGAAUGGAAGACUGUUUUCUCUCUGCUUGCUUAAUGCAAUGGGUUUUCUUCAAGUAUUAUAGUAAAAGCCAGUGCCUAUGGUUUAAUGUUACUAAGACCCAUUUGUAGUUCAUACAGUCAGUCAGACUUAUUUACAGAUAAUAAAUCUUAAUCUGAAAAUGUACUGUCCUUAGAUACUAACCAGUGUACAAAUUUGAGGCCUGAUCCCGCUUUCAUUGAAGUUAAUGGGGAUCUUGCCAUUGAUUUCAUUUAGAGCAAGAUUAGGCCCUUAAUGUAUGUUUCAGUUUUGUCACCUAGAUUCUCUAAUAACAAGCAAUGUAACCGAACACUUAGACAUUAGAAUUGUAAUGUAAUAUUAAAAUCAAAUCAGAAGGAAAUCUUCUGUUUAGGAGAUCCUGUAUCUUCAUAAAAAAAUUCUACAUCUUACAGCCCUUCAUAUUAUUUGACUAUACUUAACCUUUUCUCUUUACAUCUUUUGUGUGUACUUGAAUAGGAAAUAUUACUGACACAUACAUAAAGUACUUCAUUCUUUAUUAAAUAAGCAGAUACUAUGAUUGUAAAGAAGCAGUGGAGGACUAAUACACAUUGUUGAAUUGGAUGUAAUGUUAAAUAAUCUAAAAGUUAAUGCAGGAAAAGUUGUUUCUAAAGAUAUAAAAAUAUAAUUCUUUGGUUAAUAAAGAGUUGUUUAUUCUUUAA